AUGUCGCUCAACGGGCUCGACGACCUGGCCGUCACACAGGCCUACCAGAGCGCACUGGCCGAGGCUGGUGGAUGGUUCCUGCUCAAGUACACGGCAAGGGAUGCUGUCGCCAUCCUCACCGCGGGAACUGGCGGCGCCCAAGACGCCCGCGCUGCCGUCGCACAGUAUCCAGACAAGUCGCCGCUGUACGGCCUGCUGCUGUACCGCCGCCGCAAGGUCCUGGUCAAGUACAUACCCGAGGGCACCUCGCGCCUGCUCCAAGCCCGCGUAGCCGUCCACUUCAUCACCGUGGCCGACAGGUUCACGCCCCACGACCUGGUCCUCUCCAUCAGCUCGCCCGAGGAGCUUAGCGAUGCCGCCCUUACCUCGGCCUGCUCCCUGCACACCGCCGCCCCCUCGACCUCCUCGUCCAGUGGCUCGUCUGCCCGCCACCAGAAGCUGAGCUGGAUCAGGGAAGAGUCUGAGGCGCCUGGCCAGCCCAGCGCCCACCACAGCACCCACGACAGCGCCCACCACAGCACCCACGACAGCGCCCACCACAGCGCCCACGACAGCAUCCACGACAGCACCCACGAUAGCACCCACGAUAGCCCCCACGCCAGCACCCACGCCAGCACCCAACCACGACCGCCUACCGCCUCGUCCACCGCGCCGCCUCUCCUUGCGCCCACAGUGAGCAACGACGAAGCCUCCCUACGGAGCGCCUCCGUGGCCUCGCAGAACACAGAGCAGGUCGCCGUACUCCUCGACGAUAGGCCACUGGAGGCCAAGCCAGCGCCUGACAUCUCCCACGUCACCAUCGAGAAGCUCACGCAGGGCCCGCACACGCCCGAGGCCGACGACCUGAGCGACUUCAGAGACACGCUCACGAGCUACGACAAGAUCUUCCAAGGAGGUCCGGAGCCAAGAGCCUCGUCGCACACAGCUCGCCCAGACUACAACGAGCUGUACGAGCACUACUACGCCCAGUACACAAAGCCAAAGGAGGCCCUGGGCCCACGACCCCGACCAUCACACGAAGGCAGGCGGCCGUCCACCUCAGGCAGUGGCUCUCGACUCAUCCCGAAACAGAAAUCCUCCCUGCCCUCCGGCCUUCGCUCAGCCAAUCGAAAGACAACCGAGGCGAAGAAGCACAAAUCCAAGGAUUCAGCCUCGGAGCCGAGCCUGACGAACCCCAAGUCUCUACCUACGCCCGUCUCCACGAUACCAGAAGCCCCUGUUUCUCCCAUCUCCCUCACCUUCUCGCUGAAGAGCCCAGCCAGUGUACGGUCCAUGCCCGUGAGCUACAGCAGCGGGCACAGGUCCAGCGGCAACACACAAGAGAGGACCCGGUUGAUGAAAGCCUUGGAAUUGCGUAAGAAGCAGAUAAAGGCCCACCAAGACCAGCAGAGCAAGAUGGCGGAACAAGUCACAGCGAGCCGUGAAGCACAGGGCCAGAUCGCUGAAUCCAAUCCCUUUCUCGAUGAUCGCAGCGCAGCGACAGAGACACCACACCUCGACGGCAACUCGAAUCACCUCUCGGCAGAGACCCAGAACCCCACGCCCGGCACGGAAGCAGUCAACGGAGAAGACAUUCUCACGCCGCAGAACAGGGAGUCUGAGGACAGGAAGAUAUCACUAGACGAGCACACAACUUCAUCUCUGGCAGUGGACAGCUCAGGCAUGGUUCACACCAGCAACCAACCCGAAAACGACCAUCUCAACUUUGCUGUAUCCGUGUCCUCGCCGGUAUCUGCGCAAACGCAAGGUUCAUCUGUCGCACCAUCCACCCGGCCCUCAUCCCUGUCCGAUGACGAUCACAAUAACAUGGACGAUGCACAGAAGACGGGUCCUAUUCCAGAACACACAACCUGGGAUGCACUAGACGAGCAGCAGUCUACAGACGCUUCGCCGACAGUGGUCCCGGAGAGCAGAACACCAGUUCCGUCUUUGAAUUUGCACGUUCCUAGUCAGUUGCCGACCCCGCCAGAGGACGCCCCACUUGAGUCAGACGAGACCACCCAGACGUCAAAGCGGGAAUCCACAACAACCCUUAUGCCUUCCUACCCCCAAGACCAAUCACGCCGCGCCAACCGCGAGUCAACCAUCUACAUGCCCCCUGAAGACGACACGCAGCAGAACGAAAAGCAGUCCAAGAGGCGCAACAGGGAGUCGAUGCUCCUGCCAACCUCCAAAGGAGAGAGCUGGUAUCAGUCCAAAGAGAAGCGCAGGCCACUGCUUGACCCGAUUCAGGUGAGCGCGGAAAAUUCCGAGGCCGAGUACCUGUCCGACGACUCUUUCAUGGAGGAACUCCGCAGCGCAGAGGUUCAACAGGCCAAGCCAAUGUCGGUGUCCAAAUCGCCAAUCAUGCCCUUCUUUCCUCGCCAGCCGUCUGAGCCCAAGAUCUCCUCUCCUCCUAAAAGGGCCGUAUCGACGUCGUUCAACAACAUCGGCCGAACCGCGCCAGAACAGCUUGCAAGGAAGUCGUCAGGCCCAUGGAUCACAUCCACAAAGAGCGAGGAAAUAGCCCCACCGGCCAAGAUGAAUUCCGUAAAGGUCUCCGGUGGCAUCGCGCAAAGAAUAAAGGCCCUUGCAGAGAAGUCCAAGCGUGAUUCGCAGGCAUCAUUGAGUCCAAGCAUUGGUCUCGAUACGCCUCGAUCGAGACCUGGCUCCAGCCUGGCGCAACGAAAGUCAAACUUCUUCGCAGCGACGCCAAUCGAGAGGUCUCCCGACGAUCGGCCUGUCCAGCGGCUGGGCAGCCCGUCAUUCCUGAGCUUGUCUAAUCAGACAACGCCCGACAAGAAGCCUGCGCUGCAACCCUCGCCCGUGACAUCGGACAGCACGGUGUACAAUGUACAGCAGGUGGAGCAGCCCGAGACCGUCCAGGUCACUGCUCGUAUCAUCCAAGACGAUCGCACAAAGCAACCCACAUUAGCUAUGCCCACCGAGACGACACCGCUAGACCUCCACCAGAGUCCACUGAUCAUCGACGAUCAAAAGCCCGCAUUUGUUCCCAAGAGCCCGACCCGCGUGAAGACGGCGCCGCCUGCAACCAUGGAGCCAGCUUCGCCUAGAGCGCCCGCCUCGUCGCACUCGCGCGAUCAAGGCCCUGCGCUUCCUCGGUCUUCGUCUGAAAGCAGCUGGAGGUCCUUUGGUCGCCGGAUGAGUGAGACAAAGUCGAUUCACAGCCACGACGGGGAUGACGAGAAGCGUGAGGACAAGAAAGGAGGGAAGAAGGACUCGCGUACAAGCAAGCUGUUCAAGCGCAUGUCUUCGUCCAUGUCGGCGAUGCCAUGGAAGAAUUCAGCCUCGAGCCUAGCUCUUCCUGAGCAAGACCUUCGUCCUACAUCCUUGUUGUCUGUGCGGGAACCGCCGCCGUCCGUUCAGGUUGGCGACCUCAACGUCCAGUUCCCUGACACACUGCUAUGGAAACGCCGGUUCGUCGAGAUCGACGCUUUGGGCAACCUGGUCCUGAGCCCCUCGAUCUCGAACCCGAAGGGAAUCACCAAGCGCUUCCACCUCACUGAGUUCGAAACACCCUACCCUCCUGAUCAGGAUCGACAAGAGCUUCCCAACAGCGUCGUACUAGACUUCAUUGACGGCAGGACGCUGCAGUGUGCAUGCGAGUCCUCUACCUCGCAGGCUCAUGUUCUGCAGAUUCUUCGAGAGGCUCAUGAUGCGUGGAUUGCGCACAGCCAGACAGCAUAA